UGGAGUAAAUAAGGAGGAAGCUGGAGGCGAUGAGCUGCGGUUCUGGAGCGGGAUGUCACCGCUGUGUGAUCAGUGACCUGAGGACAUUGCCUCUGUGCACGGCUUCUUACCAUGCAGCCCGCUGAGCACAGUAUUAAUACAGAUUAUGGACACCAUGUGUCUGCUCAGGAGGAGACCGCUCCACUGCUGGGAAACAGACCACAGAGAAGGUCGGCCCCUGGAACAUCUUUCGGACUUUCAGUGUUCAACUUAAUGAACGCCAUCAUGGGAAGUGGCAUUCUUGGCUUGUCGUACGCCAUGUCCAACACCGGAAUAAUUGGAUUUAGUAUCCUGCUGCUAACAGUCGCCCUCUUGGCUGCCUACUCCAUUCACCUGUUGCUUUGUUUGUGCAUUCACACAUCUGUCACAUCAUAUGAGGACCUGGGCCUACUUGCGUUCGGCUCGCCUGGGAAGAUCCUAGUGGCGAGCACAAUCCUGAUUCAGAACAUUGGAGCAAUGUCAUCCUACCUGUUCAUUAUCAAAUCUGAGUUACCAGCCGCUAUCGCCGGGUUCUUGGCCGGUGACCACAGUGGGGCCUGGUACCUGGAUGGUAGAUGGCUGUUAAUAAUUACAGCUGUGUGCGUUGUACUCCCAUUGGCGCUGCUCCCCAAAAUAGGCUUUCUUGGCUACACAAGUAGUUUGUCAUUUUUCUUUAUGGUCUACUUUGCCAUUGUGGUUGUGAUAAAAAAAUGGUACAUUCCGUGCCCUCUUCCUGUGAAUCAUACUUUGGCAUACACGGAGAUUUCGAACAGUUCAGAAUGUAAACCAAAACUUUUUGAAUUUUCUAAAGAGAGCUCAUUUGCACUACCCACCAUGGCUUUCUCAUUUCUCUGCCAUACAUCUGUUUUGCCCAUUUACUGUGAGCUUAAGAGCCCCUCCAAGAGCCGGAUGCAGAAUGUCACUAACCUUGGAAUAUCUCUAAGCUUUCUUAUCUAUUUUAUUUCCGCACUGUUUGGUUACCUUACUUUUUAUGACAAAGUGGAGUCUGAACUAUUACAAAGUUACAGCAGAUUCCUGCCAAGUGAUCUCCUGAUUAUAACCGUCCGGCUCUUCAUCCUGCUUUCCGUGCUGCUGACCGUGCCACUCAUUCAUUUUCCUGCAAGAAAGGCUUUGAUGAUGAUGUUCUUCUCCAACCAUCGAUUCUCCUGCCUCCGUCACACAAUAGUGACUUUGUCCCUUAAUAUAGUUAUUGUACUUCUGGCCAUAUAUGUUCCGGACAUAAGGAAUGUAUUUGGUGUGGUUGGAUCCACCACUUCAACAUGUCUGCUGUUUGUGUUUCCUGGGAUGUUGUACUUGAAGUUAAGCUUUGAAGACUUCUUAUCCCGGCAGAAACUUGGGGCCUGUGGGCUGGUUGUUCUUGGUAUUUGUAUUGGUGCCUGCAGUUUAACACUAAUUGCCGUGAACUGGGCUUACAAUGAAUGAGAGGAUCACGCCAGAGUUUACAUUUGAACAGAAUGCGCAACGAUUUACAGCCAAGGAUAUCCAGUUUCAGGAGGGAAAUUGGUUGAGAAACAGUUUAUGUUGAAAGCACGACUCUCAUCCACACUACGGGUCUUCUGGGAAAGUAAACUUGUCAUAGCCUAAAAUAUGGGGGAGUGGUAAUUCUGUUCGCUAAAGGGGAGAGUCAAGUGUGGAAUACUGCAGAAGCUUGGCCAGGAGGUUGGGUUUUCACUCUACAGUUUGGAUGCGUUUUUGGAGCCGCUGGGAGGUUUUACCUGUGGCUCCAAAAAUGCAUCCAAACCACAGCGUGAAAACCCAGCCUGAGGGUACGGCGAAGGUGGUGAGGAUAGCAGAGUAGCGGUAACCUCAUCGAAAUGAAUGGGAUCGCUGCACUAGUCUCUGGAUUUUCUUUGGGACUCGUGCAGCGAUCCCAUUCAUUUCUAUUGGAUCACCGCUACUCUGCUAUCCUGGCCGUGACUUAAGUCACCCUACCCUUAGAUAUACCUCCUCGUAUCACUGAAAAAUGUAAAUUUAUAUGGGUUCUGUCAAGCCUUUGCAAACUGUGGCUGACUAUAUGCAGUGAAUUUGUAACUCUCAGCAUAUCCCACCAGCUACUGUCAGGUUAUGAUGGGAGUUGUAGUCUCACAACAGGUGCUGGUUGUAAACCACUGUUGUAAAGAAUAUUCUUGUUAUUUUAAUUAAGUGCCUUCAUUAACUCUCUUUUUUAAAUAAUUUUAAUUAGAUUUUAUACAUGUAGUUAUUUUUUAUGUCUAUUUUAUGUUUGCAACCUCGCACACACCAAAGACAUAGGGAACUUAGAUUGUGAGCUUCACUGGGGACAGCGAGCAAUGAUUAUGUCUGUAAAGAGUAAAAUAAAUACAAACUGGUUAUAAAGGAGUAAGGCCUCUUGCACACGAACGUAUUUUCAUUCCAUUCAGUUUUUUUUUAGCGGACCGUAUAUGGAACCAUUUAUUUCAAUGGGUCCACAAAAAAAAAAAAAAAAAAACAGAAGGUACUCAGUGUGUAUUCCAUUUCCAUACCGCUAAAAUAUAGAACAUGUCCUAUUAUUGUCCGCAUUACAGACAAGGAUAGCAUUGUUCUACAAAGGGCCAGCUGUUCCGCAAAAUACGGAAUGCACACGGAUGUCAUCUGUAUUUUUAGCGGAUCAGUUUUGUGGACCGCAAAAUACAUACUGUCGUGUACAAGAGGCCCAAGGCGUAGGAAAUGAGCCCCUCCAUCAGUGUUCUGGUAAAUCAAGUAUUGUAGCGGGUGCUUUUAUUUAAAGGGAUUGUGCAGCUUGUUUAUACUGAUAACCUAUCCUCUGCAUAGGUAAUCUGAUCAGUGGGGGACAGACACCCGGUAUCCCCGCCGAUCAGCUGUUUGAAGAGGAGGUGGCGCCUCUAUGCACAUGACCUAUAUGCAGCUCAGUCCCAUUCAAGUGAAUAGGCCAGGGCUUCAACACUGAGCAUAGCCUCUAUACAAUGUACAGCAUGUGCCUGGUAAGCUAUGAGGAGGCGACCAGUUACAGUGGUCUCUUGAAACAGUUGAUCGGUGGGGGUGGCGGGUGUCGGACUCCCACCAAUCAGAUACUGAUGAACUAUCUUGAGGAUAGUCCAUCAAUACUAAAAUCCUGGACAACCCCUUUAAGGCUGGCUGAGAUCUUUACACCAUUAGGUAACCCUAUUGCUAAAUAUUCAGCUUAAUUUUAAGCCUCAUUGUAAACUCUAAGUUGGUUUUUGUUUUGCAAUCCGUCCGCGCCCUUCAUUCAGGGCAAGGUAGGAUUUCCCCUCUAGCUCCUAUAUCGGUAUUGCCCACGCUUCUGUGCCCCCAAAUUAAUUAUCCCUCUGAAAUAUGGCUUUCUAUGUCAAACCAUAGAUUGGGAGAUUUAGUGAGACUGGAAACUACUGUUGAUUACUUUAGUACUUUCGCAGGAGACACUGACCUGGGGAAAAACUUUAUACAGAAACACGAUUUUGAGUCCAUGUGUAGGCGGUUCAAGUCGUCUGAGUUCGCCCCCUUGCCAGACCCAACAUGGUUGGAAAACUUUGUCUUACUACCACGUUUGCCUCAUAAGUGCACCACUCUCAUUUACAGGCAAAUCCUCACUGCCAGAGACUCCAGGCCCCCGCCAUGGUUAGCUGACUGGGAGACGGAACUGCAACUCACCUUGAAUGAUACUGAUAGGAAAUGGGUGCAAAAGUGUUCACACGGCUUUUCUAAAUGCAUAAAAACGCAGGAAAAUUCGGUUAAGGUGGCAUUCCGGUGGUACAGGACGCCUGAAUUUCUGUAUAAAAUUCAGUUGCUCCCCACAGACUUGUGCUGGCGAUGCAAUGUUGCUACUGGAUCCAUUUCUCAUAUCUGGUGGUCGUGUAAAGGCAUAAAAAAUUUCUGGGCGGAAGUUGAGAGUACCAUAAAUCUGAUUUGUAACUCAGCUUUAAAGCUCACAGCCCAAUUGAUAUUACUCUGGUUGCCUACCCCAGCUUUCCGUCCUGGAAAACACAACUUGACCACACAUUUGCUGAUGGCUGCUAAACUCUUGAUCCCUGUAAAAUGGAGGUCGGUAGACCCCCCUACCCUGGAUAUGUGGAGAGAUAGGGUCCACCAGAUAUGCCAAAUGGAGGAACUGAUUGGAUGGACACACCAUGACAGGGACCGCUUCCUGCAAAUCUGGCAGCCUUGGCUACACUAUAGAGUGGCGUACUUAAACUCACUACACCUCGGUACCACCGCACCAUAAAUGAUGAGGGAAAUCCUGACCAUUCUCUAGAUUCCCCCCCCCAUCCUCAACAUAUCUGAAUACCUCCUACACUAACAGGAUUUAUAUAGAUAUACCAUGUAUAUUUGAGAACUAAGCUUUUACGUGGGGUGACACAGUGUUAGAGCCGUUGCUCUGUUUACCUGUUUGUGCUAUGAUUCUACCAUUGUGAGAUCAUUUGUCUAAUGAGACUGUUUGUCUCAGAUAAGUGGUCACCUCAUGCUUGCGUGUAUUGUCUGGCGUUGCCCUUGAUGAUGUAUGUCUGCUUUCAUAAUGAUGUGACUCACUCAACUUUGCAUUGAGUUUUUGAAAUAUGAUCUUUGACUAAUAAAAAGAGAUUUCAAACAAUC